AUGAGUGACGUGGGUACUAUUGCUUGGUGUAAACUUGGUGAACCGAGACCUGUACAUGCUGUUGAUAAUAUCAAAGCACAUGCACAAUUAUGGG